CCCCCCCACCCACCACCCACCCCUUGCCCCCCACCCCCCACCGCACUGCUGCUGAACGCGCCGGGGACGAGAGAGCCACAGUCUAAUCCACCAGCCUACCUGCUGUUCCUGAACCUGCAAAGAUGUACGCCUGCGCUAAGCUCGUCUCCUGCCCAGCACUGGUCCGCGGUGGCUCCCAGGCUCUCCUGAGGCCCGUGACUGCGUGCCUCAUCAGCAGGCCAGAGGCACGGUCCGAGGCCUUGUUCCCGGCGGUGCAGCACCAGGGAACGUUGGUGCACGCAGCACAGCGCUCGUUCCAGACGAGCGCCGUCUCCCGUGACAUUGACACGGCCGCCAAGUUCAUCGGCGCUGGUGCAGCCACAGUGGGUGUCGCCGGCUCGGGUGCUGGUAUCGGCACCGUCUUCGGGAGUCUCAUCAUCGGCUACGCCAGGAACCCGUCUCUGAAGCAGCAGCUCUUCUCGUACGCCAUCCUGGGCUUCGCCCUCUCCGAAGCCAUGGGGCUCUUUUGUCUCAUGGUGGCCUUCCUCAUCCUGUUUGCCAUGUGAAGUGGGUCAGACCACCACGACCCUCCAUGGCUCUCUGCUGCUGCUGCUCUCACACCGGUGCACACCUUGUCUCUAGCUCGUGUGUGUAAGACCACAUGAGCCUCCACGAAUAAAUACGUUUAAAUUUAA